GCGGGUAAGGGUGGGGCUUCCCAGCAACAAGCAGGGGUGCCCAGCCUGUGCACGCUGGGGACCCCCGGUGCAGUCGGGUCCCGUCCCGCCGGGGAGGGGUGUGGGGUAUCCGCCCGCUCCCGGCCGCCCCGUCCCGGCGCCUCGCUGGAGCUUGCGCGGCUCCCGGGCGCCGGGAAUGCCUGACACGCAGCUCUUCCCCCGGCCCUCCCGAGCGGGGAGCGGGCUGGUGUCGUCUUACACGCCUUAUAUAGACCGCACCGGUCCGGGGAGAGCGGGGGCACGCUGGCCCCCGGCCCUGCAGCCGGCCCGUGCGAGGCGUGGGGAGCCCCGCAGCCGGCCCUGUCCGCCCUCGGGAGGAAGGUCCUGGGGCCGUUCGUAGGGGUCUGGCGGCUUCUUCCAGGUAAAAGGUGACAAGAGGCUGGUGCUGGCCCGUCUGUCCGGAGCCUUGGCCGGCUGACAGCUGUCAGGCAGGGGAGUGCUGGGAUUCCCUCCUGCCGAAGCCCCGGAGAUGGGCUCGCUCCCAGGGAGCAUCUGCUCUGCCGGCUGCCGGAGCGCCAGCCUGGCUUCUCUGCCAGGCGCCUCGGGUGGCAUCACGCAGCUCCUGUGCUGCUGCUGCUAAUUCAUCCGGCAAAAAUGCUUCUGGUUCCUAUCAUUCUCUACCUGCUGUUGCUUCUCUGUGGUCUGAACAGCCUUGGCUCUCAGCAGCAGGAGUUCCUGGGGUGCUGCAAAGGAGAGCACAUCUCAGGUUUGGGAAGAGGGCAGAGCCCACAGACAGUCCACUGUGGGUGGCAGCAGGGCUGUGCCUGGCUCCCUGGCACUAGUCAGUGUUAGCCUGGGCCCCUCAGCUCUGAUGUUGCUGGAGGAGAUGCUGAUGGAUUUGGGGUGCGUCUCUAACCACAGUGUAGGAUGAUCAGGGUGGAGUUACACGUGGAAACGUAACCUGCCUCCUGUCCUACACUGCCAGGCACUGAGCCCUCUCCUCGCCUGCUCUCCCUGCAUUGUUUCCACAUACCCUAACACUGGGAUCACACCCUCUUCCCUUGCAGAGAUGGGCGACAUGGAGUCCUACAAGGUGAUGCUGAAUGGGCCGGCACCCUGGGGCUUCAGGCUGCAGGGAGGGAAGGAUUUCAGCAUGCCACUCUCCAUCUCCAGGCUGACUCUGGGUGGGAAGGCAGCCCAGGCCGGCGUGGGAGUGGGCGACUGGGUGCUGUACAUCGACGGGGAGAGCACCAGUGCCAUGACACACAUCGAGGCCCAGAACAGGAUCCGUGCCUGUGGGGACAGGCUCUGCCUCACCUUGAGCAGAGCCCAGACCCAGCUGGGGAAGCCGCAGAAGGUGCUGAGCCUUGACAAGCAGCCCCCACAGCUGCUGGAGUCCCCCAGCACCCCUGUGUGUGACCCUGUGAAGCUGCGGAUGUUAGAGGACAUUGACGACUCAAAGCCCCACAGCUGGACCUCCCAGUCCCGUUCCUUCCGCAAACUGUCCCGCCUGGUGGGCGCAGAUGCCAUGGAGGAUGGUGAGGAUGAGCUUGUUAAAAAGCCCAGUCACUCAGGGGAAGCUCUUUGCUCUGUUGCUGUUUUUUCUCUCUGUCUCCAAGAGUCGAGCUGUUGGUGGAGCUGCAGAGCUCACCCUGCACUCACCCCACAGUGGGCACUGCCAGAGCUCAGCCACUGCUCUGGCCGUCACCUUGGGAGGGUCCUGCCAGGGCACACACUGGCCAGACAUGUCCUGUGCUGGGUAGGACCUGCUGGGCACUGCUGGCACCAAGCUGGGGAGGCCAAGCUCUGCCAUUGCUUCUUGAGGAAAAGGGGUCUGGAGAAGGUUGGUGCACUGAGAGCACCUUGCUGGGGGUAUUGGGAGGUGCUAGGCAGCAGCUGGACAGUGUGCUGUGAGCCUGGCGUGGGGCUGCGGGAUGGCAGGGCAGAGGAUGCCCACGGCUCCAGCUGGGGCACAGUGGAGCAGUGGCAGCCCCCGCAGCCUCUGGAGCCCCCCAGCACCCCUGGGUGUGAUCCUGGGAAGCUGAGGAUGUUAGAGGAUGCUGAGGACUGGCAGCCCCGCACCGGGACCUCCCAGUCCCGCUCCUUCCGCAAACUGGCCCAGCUGACGGGCACAGAUGGCAUGGAGGAUGGUGAGGAUGAAUUGAUUAAAAAGCCCAGGGAUGCCCAUGGGUCCAGCUGGGGCACGGGGCAACAUCGGCAGCCCCCGCAGCUGCUGGAGUCCCCCGGUGACACUGUGUGUGACCCUGUGAAGCUGCGCAUGCUAGAGGACAUUGUCGACUCAAAGCCCCACACCUGGACCUCCCAGUCCCGUUCCUUCCGCAAACUGGCCCGGCUGGUGGGCGCAAACAGCAUGGAUGAUGGUGAGGAUGAGCCCGUUAAAAAGCCCAGACUUGAGGUGUUUUCCGAGCUGCACCAUGGGCACUGCCAGCACUCAGCCACUGCUCUGACUCUCACUUCAGGAGAAUCCUGCCCCAAGCACCCACCUGGUGAUUCCCAUGGGUCCAGCUGGGGCAUAGUGGAGCAGCGGCAGCCUCUGGAGCCCCCCAGCACCCCUGGGUGUGAUCCUGGGAAGCUGCGACUGAUGGAGGAUGCUGAGGGCUGGCAGCCCCGCACCGGGACCUCGCAGUCCCGCUCCUUCCGCAAACUGGCCCAGCUGACGGGCACAGAUGGCAUGGAGGAUGGUGAGGAUGAGAAUGUUAAAAAGCCCAGGGAUGCCCAUGAGUCCAGCUGGGGCACGGUGGAGCAGCGACAGCCCCCGCAGCCUCUGGAGCCCCCCAGCACCCCCGGGUGCAACCCCGGGAAGCUGCGACUGAUAGAGGAUGCUGAGGACUGGCAGCCCCGCACCGGGACCUCGCAGUCCCGCACCUUCCGCAAACUGGCCCAGCUGACGGGCACAGACAGCAGCAUGGAGGAUCAUGAUGAUGUGUUUGUUAGGAAGCCCAGCCAGGUCUCCGUGCCGGACUCGUCCCCAGGAGCAACGAUGAAGACUGAGCCAGGACUGGCCCCCAGGACGCCCAGUGCCACCCCCAGCCCCACCAGCCGCCCACCCUGGGCUGUGGACCCCUCGUUUGCCGAGCGCUACGCCCCGGACAAGACGAGCACGGUGGUGAGCAAGCACAGCCAGCCGGCCACGCCGACCCCCAUGCAGAACCGCAGCUCCAUCGUGCAGGCGGCCCAGCAAGCCCCCGAGGGGCCCGGCCGCACCCCGCUCUGCUACAAGUGCAACAAGGUCAUCAGGGGACGGUACCUCGUGGCGCUGGGACAUUAUUACCACCCCGAGGAGUUCAUCUGCUGCCAGUGCAGGAAGGUGCUGGAUGAGGGUGGCUUCUUUGAGGAGAAAGGCUCCAUCUUCUGCCCCAAGUGCUACGACACGCGCUACGCACCCAGCUGCGCCAAGUGCAAGAAGAAGAUCACUGGGGAGGUGAUGCACGCACUGAAGAUGACCUGGCACGUGCAGUGCUUCACCUGCAACGCCUGCAAAACUCCCAUCCGCAACCGAGCCUUCUACAUGGAGGAGGGACAGCCCUACUGCGAGAGAGACUAUGAGAAGAUGUUUGGCACCAAGUGCCGCGGCUGUGACUUCAAGAUCGAUGCUGGGGACCGGUUCCUGGAGGCGCUGGGGUUCAGCUGGCACGACACUUGCUUUGUCUGUGCGAUCUGCCAGACCAACCUGGAAGGGAAGACGUUCUACUCCAAGAAGGACAAGCCGCUGUGCAAGAGCCAUGCUUUCUCCCAUGUGUGAGGGGUGGGAAUUCAGCUGUGCCCACACAUGCCCCUGGCCCUGCAUGCUCCUCUCCCCCUGCCCUGCUGGCCCCAGGGAGCCAGGCUGGGCCUUUUGCCCUUUCCCUUGCUCCUGCCUCUUUUCUGGCAGUUCCUGGCUCAACUUCAGCCAGAUACAGUGCUGGGUCCAGAGCCUUUUAUAGCUGGGUAGCUUCUUAUAUGCUUCUCAACUGGCCCUAGGAGCCCUGGGAAGGGGAUGCUGCAUGGAUCUCCUGCCCCUGAGCCACGCAGCACGGUGGGUACAACCGUGCUGCGACUGGAAUUGGAGGGGGUCUGCCACGGCUGGGCUGCUCCCUUGCUGCCUGGCAGCUCAGUGCUGGGGCAGGGAUACUCCUUACACAUCCCUGAGCGGGUGAGGACCAGCUCUUGUCUCACUCUCCCCAACCUUCCCUGCUGUGUGCUUGGGGCUGGAGACCCGGCCCGGCUCCCCUGCUGGGGUCCUGCCCAUGACAACCCACCAGCCACCCCUCAAACUGCUGCGGUGGCUUCCUGCCCCCGUUGCAUUCCAGGGGUGUCUGUGCCUCAUGCCCCCCACCCUGCUGGCCCACUGCUCCUCUGGGGCCGGCGACACCCCCAGCCUGGCGUGGCCCAGCUGUGGGCUGGCAGCGUGUAAUGAUGGCCAGCCCAGCCAGGCGGCUGCUCCUGCAAGGCUUGGGCACAGCUUCCUACCAAAGAGCUCUCUGCCACUGCCAUCCUGGGGCCACCGAUGCCUCCCCCCAAACCACACCCUCCGGUCGGGCUGCACUGAUGUAGCCACGGUGCUUUUAGUGCCUUUAAUAAACACAUCUCUGC